AUGCCUUCAGGCAGGGGAAGCUGGAAGGGUACUCCGGGUUCUGAUAAACGGUCAUCAGUAAUAGAAAGGAACUCGAACAUUGAUUACAUAAGGAUACCGUUACGGGAUAGACCUCCAUCAAGCACCAAGAAUGUUCACAACAGCUCGUCAAUGGACGGUCUAGACAUAUCGGUACGCAACCCAAUGGGCUCAGGCUUCCGCGAUUCAUUGUCUGAUGACUCAGAGCAUUUCAGGGAUUUUGGGUCCCGAUCGAUGGACAUCACUUCAGAAAAUAUAGAUUUCGGGAACUCAUCCGACAGUCCCACGCACCCCUCACAGUCGUCCGUGAAAGAUAUCGAAGCCGAGAUGAAAAGGCUUAAGCUGGAGCUAAAGCAAACCAUGGAAAUGUAUAGCACAGCGUGCAAGGAAGCAAUUUCAGCCAAGCAAAAGGCUCUAGAACUUCAUCAAUGGAAAGUGGAAGAAGCUCGUAAAUUCCAGGAAGCCAGGAUGGCGGAAGAGGCAGCCCUUGCUAUUGCAGAGAGGGAGAAAGCAAAGUGUAAAGCGGCCAUUGAAGCUGCGGAAGCGGCGCAGAGACUAGCUGAAAUUGAAGCAAACAAGAGAAGGAUCAGAGCAUUGGAUGCAUUGUCCAAACAUGAYAUUCGCUACAGAAAAUACUCCAUAGAUGAGAUAGAAGUUGCAACAGAACGCUUCGCAGAAUCAUUGAAGAUUGGAGAAGGUGGAUAUGGGCCCGUGUAUAAGGCCUUCCUGGAUCACACCCCCGUCGCCAUUAAGGUUUUAAGACCGGAUGCAGCUCAGGGAAGGAAGCAAUUCCAACAAGAGGUUGAGGUAUUGAGCUGCAUCAGACAUCCAAACAUGGUUCUGUUGCUAGGUGCCUGCCCGGAAUACGGAUGUCUGGUUUACGAGUACAUGGACAACGGUAGUUUAGAAGAUAGACUAUUCCGGAGAGAGAACACUCCCGCAAUCCCAUGGCAGAUUCGGUUCAAGAUAGCAGCAGAGAUAGCAACAGGGCUUCUCUUCCUUCACCAGACGAAGCCAGAGCCCCUGGUGCACCGGGACCUCAAGCCGGCGAACAUCCUCCUGGAUCGGAAUUACGUGAGCAAGAUAAGUGAUGUAGGGCUAGCACGGUUAGUUCCACCGUCUGUGGCUGAUAGUGURACACAGUAUCGGAUGACAUCGGCUGCAGGGACGUUCUGCUACAUAGACCCGGAGUACCAACAGACGGGAAUGUUGGGGAUCAAAUCAGAUAUAUAUUCUCUGGGAAUAAUGUUGCUGCAGAUUAUCACGGCCAAACCUCCGAUGGGUCUCACCCACCAUGUGGAGAGGGCCAUCGAAAGAGGAACCUUUGCGGAGAUACUGGAUCAGUCCGUGACGGACUGGCCCGUUGAAGAGGCCUUCAAGUAUGCAAAGCUGGCUUUGAAGUGCGCCGAGCUUAGGAGGAAGGAUAGACCAGACCUUGGAACCGUGGUUUUGCCGGAGCUCAACCGACUCAGAGAUCUUGGGAAUAAUGAAAUCUCUAACCUCGGCGGCAUGAGCUUUGGACCUCGUUCUUACCAUGCGCAUUCACGCCARAGGAUGUCCAAUCCGGGUUCGAAUCCGAAUUCGAGUGCAAGUUCGGAAGCGAUGAGCGAUCCUAAUGUGGCAAUUGAGCCAGCGUAA